AGCAAAAGCCAAGAGGGAGAAAAGCUUAAUUAAAUGAAAUAUUAGGGAGAUUACUAUAAUUUGCAGAAAUGUAUUAGUGACUAGCUGUAGCACAAGAUCUCCUGCAGGGUUUUAGAAUUAUCCCAAGAGAUCAAUGAAUCACUAACGCCAUCCCCCUAGGGUUUAAGCAAGGCCCCCUUUUUCCAAAAAAACACUCACACACAAAAUGGCAAAUUCAAUGGCUGUUCUCUCACGCAGACUUUACCUUUCCCUUCUCUCAUCAAACCCAAAAAUUUCACAGCUUUCAAUGCCCUUUUGCACCUCCUCCACCACCACCACCACUAACAACCUCUCCUUUCGUGAAGAAGAGUCUGAAUUGGACGGCUCAGACACUCACUCAGUCCCCAACUCAACCACCUCAAGUUCACCAUCAUCAUCAACAACAACAUCUGAAGGAUCGAGCGGGUCACGAAUGGUCCAGGAUCGUCCCCUUGAAAAUGGCCUUGAUGUUGGCGUUUACAAGGCGAUAUUGGUGGGGCAGGUGGGGCAGCAUCCAUUGCAGAAGAAGUUGAGGAGUGGGAGGGAGAUAACGAUUUUCUCAAUGGGGACUGGUGGGAUUCGCAAUAAUCGAAGGCCAUUGCAGAAUGAGGAUCCUAGGGAGUAUGCAAAUAGGUGCGCUGUUCAGUGGCAUCGAGUUUCAGUCUACCCAGAGAGAUUAGGUCGUGUUGUAAUGCAGAAUGUUGUGCCUGGUUCAAUUCUAUAUGUGGAGGGGAAUCUGGAGACGAAAGUAUUCACUGAUCCAAUAACUGGUCUUGUACGUCGUAUAAGAGAAAUUGCAGUUCGUCAAAAUGGUCGGCUUGUCUUUUUGGCAAAAGGUGCCAAUGAUCAGCAAGCCAGUUCAUCGGAGUUGAAAGGUCUUGGCUAUUACUAGAAGUGUAGCUAGAACUGCUCAAGUAUUAACAUAACACUGGCUUGCACAUUUGUAGUUAUUUUCUCAGUUUAUUUCAAGAUUAAUAGAGGUAGAACAAAUGUGAAAUUUCUAUAACAUUGCGUGACGGUAGCAUGGGAGGUCUGGGAAUCAACAAUUUCUUAUUUUUAUCUGGCAAUUGAUGUGAACUGCUAGCAGUUUCAUGGUAUGAUGGUGUGGCUCAGGUGGCCAGGGUUCUGGUCAUUUUUUCA